AGUUACAACUGUGGGCGGAGGAAGACGGGCUGUUUUCUUAAGUAGGGACUUCAAACGACAUUCGAUUCGCAGCGGUUUUCUGACCUGUCGGACAGUAACACAAUUAGAAUCACAGAUACAGGAUGGAGGCCGACAGCAGCGAAGACAUCGAGUCUCUCAUAGAGGACAUGGACUACAUACCCGGCCACUUCCACCUGAACCUGAACCUCAACUGUGAGCCCUCUGGGCCCGCGAGGCUGCGGCUCAGGGACACGUACCUGAAGCAGGAAAGCCUGCGGGGGGAGCUGGAGGCCGAGGUCGGGUACCUGCAGUACGCGGUCCGAAACCUGCUGGGUCUGCUGGCCUUUCACCUGGAACAGCUGGACGCGGCCGAGGAAGCAUUUAGGAGCAUCUGCAAAGAGGACCCGGGGAACCUGAACGCCUGGGCCAACCUGGGCUGCGUGUACGACCGGCUGGGGAGCGAGGCGGAGGCGGCCGAGUGCGUGGAGAGAGUGUCGCAGCUCAUGGCCCAGGAGGAGGCGCGGCUGCCGGCCGCGCGCGGCCUGGCCGAGCAGGCCUACGUCCACCCGUAUGACGUGGAGCUGCACGGCGAGGACGAGCUGAGGGAGAGGCUGGUGGCGGCGCUGAUGCUCUACAACAGGGCUCUGGACUAUGGCGGGCAGCUGAUCCCGACAGAGGAGAAGCGAAGCUGGUAUUUCAAAAUGGCGAUCAUCUACGUGAGGUUGGACGACAUAGUGAAAACCAAGGAGGACUCCGAGUACUCCAGACUCUCUCACUACAAUAAAGGCCUGCAGCUCCUGAAGGAAACACUGGCUUCUGACAAAGUCCUCCACAGAGCUCUCGCCUGGUGCUACGUUGGACUCAUGUUGGAGCGGAAGGGGGACUUCACCACCGUGCCCAUGUCUGUGCACGACUGCGGCUUCUCCGCCUCGGACCCUCUCACCUGCUACGGAACCGCCAUAAACUUGGCAAGUGACGACGCGUUCGUGCUGAACCUUCUGGCCAAGGUCUUCUUUCUGACGGGCAAACACGAGAUGGCCACGGGGAUCUGCAACAUGGCCCUCAGCGUGCUGCCGGACCCGGAGCUGAACUGGCAGGCCUACUGCACCCGGGCCAAGAUCAGCACAGCGCUCUACAUCAGAGACCUGGAGAGGGCAAAGUGUGGCCAAGGUGCCAUCCCGGACCGGCAGAAGCUCACCGAGGCCAGGAAGGACCUGAACAAGGUGCUGGCCGUGCGUCCGAGUCUGAGAACUCACCUGGAACUGGCACAGGUGCUCUACUACACGGGCGUGGACGCGCUCCAGGAGGGCCUCAUGGUGGACGAGGGGGCGGUGAACAGCGCGCUGGUGAGCCUGUCGCACGCGCUGCAGUGGCGCAUGGCCGACGCCCUGCCGGACCUGCACGUGCUCCGAGGCUGCUGCCUGCUGCUGAAGGGCGAGGAGCAGAACGCCGCCGACUGCUUCAAACGGGCCGUGGAGCUGGAGCGGCCCGGCAGCACGGACACGGCGGCGCUGCGCUGCCUCCUGCAGGCGCUGCUGGCUCUGUUCAUGCAGGCCGGGCCCGACGCGGGCCGCGCCGUCACCCAGCUGGAGACGUGGGUGCAGAAGGCGGAGGAGACGUACACCACGGACCUGGUGAAGCUGGAGCUGAGGUGCCUGUACAGGAGCCACACGGCCGAGGUCACCGAGCUGUCCAGGGCGCUGAUCAGCACGGGGCGCACGGAUCUGGUGAGGAGGCUGCUGGAGACAGUGGUGCCCACACAGCUGGCCAAGAAGAGGCCCGUCGCCAGAUGUGUGUCGUACACGUGAGGCGAUCACGCUUUAACAGAUAACAGGCGCGUGAGCAAACAAAUGCGGGCGUGCAGUGAUUCUAUGGCACCGGACAACAUUUCACCGAUAAGCAGAUAGCAGAUAAACACUGUGAUGAGCCGUGAGUCAAAGCUGUGAUUCAUUCACUGAAUGCCUUUACUGUUUAAGGACUUUAAACAACACGAUGUGGGUGAUAAUUUAUUGUGAACGUUCUUCAGGUUUAAAACAAAAACCUGUGGGUGUUUGAGAGCGUCGCUGAAAAGCUACUGGACACAGUGAUAUAACUAGGCUUGAGGUGCGACUGUGAUGAGUGUUCCACUGGUGACCAGACGAGGGCGCUAAAGACUUCACAUGCAACGAUCGUUUAAUCCCACUCAGGAGUUUGUACACGAAAAACCACUGUGAAUAAAAGGCGACUUUCUACUUAA